AUGACUAACGUUCCUCUCGCAUCGUUUCGCACCGCAGACUUCGAGCCAUUGACACCCAUCCAAAGCUUUGAGAUGACUCAGAGUCUGUUGGAAGAGGCCGUUCCUGACCGACCAUUGAUUGCGCCACUCGCCCCAAUGGCUGUCCUACGAGCCGAAUAUGAAGGCGGAUCGCAAGUUUUCGUCAAGCAGAUUGACUGGCUCACGGAGCAUGGCUUCGUUGGAAUUCGACGCACUCGCGGAGAUGGCGACUGUUUUUAUAGGUCUCUUGCCUUUGCAUACAUUGAACGCCUCUUGCUUUCCAACGACCCCUUGCUGGCAGUGACGAGCGCCAUAUCCGUGCUAGAGUCCUCCCAGCCGCUUCUCGAAGCGGCAGGGUUCCAGCGCAUGGUGUUCGAAGACUUCUAUGAUUGCCUGGUGUCCGUAAUAAACAAGAUACUCACUCCCGAAGGUGAUGGCCGCCUGCUCACACCUGCGUCACUGCUCAAUGCCUUCAACUCCCCCGAGGUGUCCAAUUCGAUCGUCGUCUAUCUCCGCCUGCUGACGUCCGCGCAAGUUCGCGCGGAUCCUGACACGUAUUCUGCGUUCCUCUUCCACCCGGAGAUCGGGGAGCCUAUGGAGGUUCGGGACUUCUGUGAGACAUUCGUGGAAGCGGUCGGCAAGGAAGCGGACCAUGUGCAGAUGACAGCUCUGUCCCGCGCGCUGAAAGUAAAUGUCAGCGUGGCGUACCUUGAUGGGCACGUCCACGGUGAGGAAGGCAAGGUUGACUUCGUCGAGUUCAAGAACGUAGAAGAUCCUGUGAUAGAACCUGUCACUCUGCUGUACCGACCCGGGCAUUACGAUAUCCUUGAUCAGCGAAGCGAAGAACCACUGGACUUUGAGGAUCAGUAA